AUGCCGGUUCACUCCCGGGACAGAAAAGACUCCAACCACGACGACAUGGACGUAGAUUUCCCUGAUCAGGAGGCCAGCAGCUCAGAGGAGGAGGACACGGUCAGCUCCUCCGCUUCUGAAGACGGAGACAGUUCAGAAAUGGAUGAUGAGGACUGUGAAAGGAGGCGAAUGGAGUGCUUGGAUGAGAUGACCAGCCUUGAGAAGCAGUUCACUGACCUCAAGGACCAGCUGUACAAGGAAAGGCUUAAUCAAGUGGAUCUUAAACUCCAAGAGGUAAAAGCUGGCAGUGCUCCAGAGUAUCUAGAACCCCUUGCCAACCUACAGGAGAAUAUGCAGAUACGUACAAAGGUGGCAGGUAUCUACCGUGAGCUGUGUUUGGAGUCUGUGAGGAAUAAAUACGACUGUGAGAUGCAGGCAGCAAGUCAGCACUGGGAGAGUGAGAAGCUGCUGCUGUUUGACACAGUUCAGAAUGAACUGGAGGAAAAGAUCAGGCGGCUGGAGGAACACAGACACAGUAUAGACAUCACUUCAGAACUGUGGAAUGAUGGCUUGCAGGCAAGAACGAACAAAAAGAAAGAUCCCUUCUGCCCUGGCAAAAAAAAGAAACCUGUUGUUGUAUCAGGACCAUAUAUUGUUUACAUGUUGCAAGACCUGGACAUACUUGAAGACUGGACCGCUAUCAGAAAGGCAGUGGCUUCAAUGGGGCCACACAGAGUAAAAGUUGAUGUUUCAUCAAAAGCUGAGAGGCAUCAUCAUGUUGCACGGUCUGAGGACGGCCGCCUGUUCUACGACAGCAAGUGGUACAGCCGAGGGCAGGCCAUAUCAAUUAGCCGUAAAGAUGAGUACCCCACCAGUGCCAUUAUUACCACCAUUAACCACGACGAAGUGUGUUUCAAGCGUUUCGAUGGCAGCAAGUCAAAACUCUACAUCGCUCAGCUGCAGAAAGGCAAAUACACUAUCAAACACUCAUAGACAUUCUUCUGUUCUCCACUUCACUCUCAGUGCUGCUGUUCUACCCAGAAAUCAGCUUCACCAUCGCCAUCUCCAUUUCUCUUCUGCUUGCUAAAGAUGCUGGACUGUUUCAGGUCCUGCGUGUGUAUGUGCCGUAUACUUUCAUCCUCUCAGCCUGAGAGGAAUUUCAUGCUGCUAAAAAGAAGAGGGGGAAAAAAAGACUGGUUGCCAUGGAAACAGUGAAAGGAAGUGUUUGCAUGCACUUGUGCCUUAAUGGGACCUUGAGAGAUUAGCUGUUAUUUCACGUUAUUUGAACUUUAGAAGUGGUAAAAAGUGAAAGAAUGAUAAUGAAGGCAGCUGCCUAACGCCAAAUAGAGCUGUGUGUGCUGCUGAUCCUGAAAUCGAGUCUGAAUCCAGUGUUAUGUCAUAUUACUGUCAGUGCAUUAUCUAUAUGCCGUAGUCAUGUGCUUAAAUCGUAUAAAUCUACACAUAACUGAAGCAGUGUUUGCUUUUUCAAAUCUCUGUCUAAAGGAGAUUGUACAUACAUACCUCAGACCAUUUCCAUUAUUAUGAUUAAGCUGUACGUUGCUGUCAAACAGUUCAGUGCCAGAAAUGUAGCAUUAUAUAAAAGCCUUGAUCAAGUGCAGAUUCAUAUCUCUUAUGUACUAAUUUUUUUGUGUGUCAGAUUUUCAUGAAAUGGGACAAAAUAGUAUCAUCACUUAAGUGUUCUUGCGUCAUGGAGUUUGUAGUGAUUCCUUCUUAUUUCAGAGUGGGAUAUAUUUUUGCUUGCUUUUAAAUUGCUGGCAAACACUGAUUAAGCAUAGCAUGACCAUAUUUCUACAACUAUCAACCAUUUUUACAGCUCAACAAUGCAUAUAGGGAGCAUUUUGUAGUCCAUCUGUUUCUCUGUGUACUUCUUGUUCUACAAUGGUCAGGAUCACCACACAAUCACCAAAGAGCAGAGUGUGCUAGUGGUGUGUGUUGUUAUGGUAGGAGUGAAUUACAAACAGCAGUGCUGCUGGAGUUUUUAAACACUGUUCAGUCUAUUAGGAUGCUCUAGCGUAACACACACUAACAAACUACCACCAUGUCAGUGUCACUACAGUGAUAAGUAUGACCCAACACCUAAAUAAUAGCUGCUCUGUGUUGGUCCUGUGAAAUCUUAACCACUGAAGGACAAGGUGAAAGGAGAAUAAUGAACUGUACAGGAAAUUAGAUAGAUGAUAGUCUGUAAUUACAGAAAGACAGGGUACUGUUAUAUCCUCAGUGUAGUUUAAAAAAUGAUUAAUGGUUGUAGAAACAGAAAAGGAGGUGGUCAUAAUGUUAUGCUUGACUGGUGUUUAACACCUUUGUGUACAAUAGUUUGUUGUGGCACCAUGUUGGCAAUCCUCCACCCUAACACAACAUUAAAAAAAAAAAGAAGCUGUUUUUGAAUCAUUAAAUCCAUCAGACUCUACCCAUAAUUAGAUGAUCUCCGGUCCUAGCUGUCUGUCUGCCCUAGUGCCAAUCAGGUGUAAUUUAAAUUAACUGCUCCAGGCUGUCAGACAGCAUGCUCAUGGAUUGAUUUCCACAAACAAACGAGAGGGCAAAUGUUUACAGUGACUGUAAUCUGUGAUUUAAGUGUGCUAUGGCCUUGUUUUAUGAGACAGUUAUAUGUCUUGAAUUUUAACUUUGUAUGUGGAUUAAAGUGUAAAUAAUUGGAA